ACGAAGCAUGGAGACUGGAUUAAAGUCGCGCCUUCGGCUUCCUCUACUAUCGUCAUGCUUGGAGAGUCAUUCCAUGGAUGGAGCAACGGAAGAUUAUACUGUCCUCGACACCGUGUGAUGAUGCGCGGGCACGAGGCCAGGCUCUCCAUCGGGAUCUUCUCCGGCGUCGAAGGAACCGUUCGGUGCCCCGACGAGCUCGUGGACGAGCAACACCCUUUGCUUUUCAAGCCCUUCGACCCUGAGGACCUCGUCCGCAUCUUCGCCACGCCGGAGGGACGGAACGGAGCUUCCGCUCUCAAAACCUUUUAUAGCGUUUCUAAUUGAACGUGAUCUUUCUUCAGAUUAUUAUUCCAAACCCUUUAUAAAGCCUUUAAUUUGAUGUUGGCGAUCGU